ACACAUUCCUCGUACAAAGGAUUGGCUUCGCAUUGACAUUGGAAGCUUCUCGGUUUUCCGCUUUUCCUGCUGCUCGAGUUUGGAGUUUCCCCGACGCUUUCAGUUCGUGGCUAGACUUUGGAGCGUGCUGUGCUUGGAAAAAACUGUCGCGUGUGUGUCUGUGACAAAUAUUUUCCCUAAAAUACAAAUUCUCCUAAUACAAUUGGAAAAUGUAAAGUAAAUAUAUUCCUAUGCUAUAACAAAUAAACACAAAUCAAAAACUUAAUCAAAGCUUAAGCAAACCCCUAACAAAACCUUGACAAGACGCGAGUGAAGUUAAUACUCUUUAGUUGCUAUUGCCCCACAAAAUGCUGCCAAACCACGCCUGAGCCUCAAUCUCAAUCUCAACCUGAACUAGGGCCAUAACCAGAACACAACUGUGAUCAUAGACAUAACAACGAUAGUGGUAUAGUGGUGCCGUACGAAAGCCAUUGGAGAAACCAGGAGAACCAGCGUCACAGCCAAAGAUGAGGGAAUCCGGGGACACAGCCAGCAGCCUGCCAGACCGCAACUGAGCGAUUUAUAGAUCCGCAGAUAAUACCCGGGACCGGAAAAUCCAAAUCAAUUUCCCCCGGCGAUAGCAAUCGGCAGAGGAAAAGGUGCAGGACAUCGGCCAACAGAGCAGCACAUUCGCCAAAAAGGAGGCUGUAAUGACGACAAUUGACGCGAUGUAGCGCAGACUUAUGGUCGGCGAACGCGACAGGGACCGUGAGGCGGUACGCUGGGCAACGGGUGAAUCGACACCGCUUCAAACCAAUAAUGGAGUAUUACAAAUGGUCGGGCAAUUGCAAUGUGGACAGGCUGCUGGCCAGCAACAGCAACAGCAACAAGCGACUCAGCAACAGCAACUCUCGAAGCAGCAGCAGCAGCAGCAGCAACAUCAGCAGCAGCAACUGCAACUCAAGCAGCAACAGCAACAGCAGCAGCAGCAGCAGCAACAGGACAUCCUGUAUCAGCAACAUAACGAGGCAAUUGCAAUUGCACGCGGACUGCAGGCUGCAACACCUGCCGACAUCGGCGAUAAUCAGCCGUACUACGAUACAAGCGGUAAUGUCGAUUGGGAGCGGGCGAUGGGAACCGGUGGAGCUGGUGCAUAUGGUGGCAUCGGCAUCGGAUCUCUACCAGCAGCUGGCGGUGCUGCUUAUCACCUUGGGCCAGCUAAUACCGCCGGCCUCGUUUCUCGUCACCUGGAUUACGCUGAUGGCGGCCACCUUGCUGGCCCAUCCGCCGGUCUUCCUGCUGGUGCUGUGGGAUCAGGAGCAGGAGCGGGUACGGGUGCGUCAGCGGGAGCAUCAGUCACGGGAUCAGGAGCAGGAGCAGGAUCGGGAGCAACAGGGACAGGGACAGGAACAGGAACUGGAGCCGGAUCUGGAUCGGGCGGUGGAGCAGCAGGCAAGGAAGUUCGCUACGCCCCAUUCCCAGUCGCAUCACCAACGCACUCGAUUCCCACAACUUCCCAGCAGAUCGUUGGCAGCGUCGGUGGCGGGGGCGUCGGUGGUGCCAGCAGCCAGUCGAUUUCAGGCGGUGUACCAACUCAUAGCCAGAGCAACACCACCGGCGCCCUGCAGCGGACACAUUCCAGAUCCAUGUCCUCCAUACCGCCGCCCGAGCCGUUCAUGAUAGCCCAGUCGAAGGCGGUCAACAGCCGCGUGUCCAUCAACGUGGGCGGGGUGAGGCACGAGGUACUGUGGAGGACGCUGGAGCGGCUGCCCCACACGCGACUCGGGCGGCUGAGGGAGUGCACCACCCACGAGGCCAUCGUGGAGCUGUGCGACGACUACUCGCUGGCGGACAACGAGUACUUCUUCGACCGACAUCCGAAGAGCUUCAGCUCCAUCCUGAACUUCUAUCGCACCGGCAAGCUGCACAUCGUCGACGAGAUGUGCGUGCUCGCGUUUAGUGAUGACCUGGAGUACUGGGGCGUCGACGAACUGUACCUGGAGUCCUGCUGCCAGCACAAGUACCACCAGCGCAAGGAGAACGUCCACGAGGAGAUGCGCAAGGAGGCCGAGUCCCUGCGGCAGCGCGACGAGGAGGAGUUCGGCGAAGGUAAAUGCGCCGAGUACCAGAAGUAUCUGUGGGAGCUCCUGGAGAAGCCCAACACCAGUUUCGCCGCCCGGGUUAUCGCAGUGAUAUCCAUACUAUUCAUAGUCCUGUCUACCAUAGCCCUGACGUUGAACACCCUACCACAACUACAACACAUUGACAACGGUACACCACAGGAUAAUCCGCAAUUGGCAAUGGUUGAGGCCGUGUGUAUCACGUGGUUCACUCUAGAGUACAUACUUAGGUUUAGCGCCUCGCCGGACAAGUGGAAGUUCUUUAAGGGCGGCCUUAACAUAAUCGAUCUAUUGGCAAUACUCCCAUACUUUGUUUCGUUAUUUCUAUUGGAAACGAAUAAGAAUGCAACGGACCAGUUCCAGGAUGUGCGUCGGGUGGUGCAGGUCUUUCGCAUCAUGCGCAUCCUGCGAAUCCUUAAGCUGGCCCGUCACUCAACGGGCCUGCAGUCGUUAGGCUUUACGCUGCGUAACUCGUAUAAGGAACUCGGUCUACUAAUGCUGUUCCUGGCCAUGGGCGUUCUCAUAUUUUCUUCGCUGGCAUAUUUUGCCGAAAAGGAUGAAAAGGAUACAAAAUUCGUUUCAAUACCGGAAACAUUUUGGUGGGCGGGUAUUACAAUGACAACUGUUGGCUACGGGGACAUCUAUCCCACAACUGCACUGGGAAAGGUUAUUGGUACUGUGUGUUGCAUAUGCGGUGUUCUGGUAAUCGCUUUGCCUAUUCCCAUCAUCGUUAACAAUUUUGCUGAAUUUUAUAAGAAUCAGAUGCGCCGCGAAAAGGCCCUCAAGCGUCGCGAGGCACUCGAUCGUGCCAAGCGCGAGGGCAGCAUUGUCUCCUUUCAUCAUAUCAAUCUGAAAGAUGCCUUCGCCAAGUCCAUGGAUCUCAUCGAUGUGAUUGUCGACACAGGAAAGCAAACAAAUGUCGUGCAUCCGAAGGGUAAAAGACAAAGCACCCCCAAUAUAGGCAGGCAGACCCUCGAUGUGCAAAGCGCCCCAGGCCACAAUCUCUCGCAAACGGACGGCAACAGCACCGAAGGCGAGUCCACCAGCGGACGCAAUCCGGCCACCACCGGAACCGGAUGCUAUAAGAAUUACGACCACGUAGCCAACCUGCGCAACUCCAACCUGCACAACCGACGCGGCUCCAGCUCUGAGCAGGAUGCAGUGCCGCCGUACAGCUUCGACAAUCCCAAUGCCCGCCAGACCUCGAUGAUGGCCAUGGAGAGCUAUCGCCGCGAGCAGCAGGCAUUGCUGCUGCAACAGCAACAGCAGCAGCAGCAACAGAUGUUGCAGAUGCAACAGAUUCAGCAAAAAGCGCCAAACGGAAAUGGAGGUGCGACCGGAGGAGGAGGAGUGGCCAACAACCUGGCCAUGGUGGCCGCAUCCAGUGCGGCAACAGCCGUGGCCACAGCCACCAAUGCCAGUAAUGCCAGUAACACCGCUCCCGGAACGGAGGGCGCCGAGGGAGGCGGCGAUGGAGAUGGGGGUGUGGUUGAUGACGACAACCUGUCCCAGGCGAAGGGACUGCCCAUCCAGAUGAUGAUCACGCCCGGGAUUUUACGGGGACGCAGUAAGGAGGAAGUGGCCGAGCUGCGUCGCCAGGUGGCCCUGGAGAACCUGCAGAACCAGCGGAUGGACAACCUGGAGCAGGACGUGCCCGUGGAAUUCGAGUGCUGUUUCUGCACGACCAAGGACUUCAAGGAAUUCACCGAUGCGGAGGGCGUGAUCUCGCUGCCCACCUCCGACUUCCACAAGCCGAUCUGUCUGGAGAUGCGACUGGCGGCAGCGGGUCGUCAAGCAGGAGCCUAUGGACUCCUCUCGCCGCUGCCAGCACCUCUGCCUCCGCUCCAUGGUCCGCUCCUGGCCCUGCCCCCGCCACCGCCACUGCCACCAACGUCCUGCGCCGCCGUCCUUUUGCCCGCCAUUUCGCAGUCCUCGUCCACAUCGUCGUCAUAUGGCACCACCACGUCCACCACCAUUGCCCUGCCGCUGGACAUGUCCCUGAGAUACGGGGCCACCAUCUGCAGUUCGUCCAACUUCAACCACAACUACAACAACAACUUCAACACCACCACAGUGGGCGGUGGUGCAAAUGGAACGCUCCUCUUCGGUGGCAACUACAAUGGCAGCAAUAACAACAACGCCGACCUGGCCAGCGUGGAUAGCUCGGACACCUAUGCCAGCUGCCAGACGCAUCCCUUCCUGUCCCAGGGAGACCUUACGGCGGACUUCAAUGACGAGGCCUGCGCCCUGGACAUCGACAUGGAUAACCUGUACAUAAAUCCCCUGGAACGGGAACAGCACCAGGGAAUCAGCAGCUCCACGGGCUUCAUUGUGGGCCUGCCUAGCACCAAUUCAUCGGGUGGACUGCGUGCCCAGGUGAAGAAGAGCGCAUCGGGUGAUACGGCUCUCAGGAACUUGGCCGCCGGAGGCGGAGGAGCCGGCGGCUUGAGUCCCCUGGACGACGUCUACCAGAGCUUCGAUGUCCAGGAGCGAGGAAGUCGGGUCAGCUUGAACGAGAACUCAGUGCCAAAGCAUCGGAAGACGCGUUUCCAGCAGAGCUUCACCGCCAUGCGACCCAGUGGAGCAGCCGGCGUCCUUGGAAGCAGUGUCCUGGGCGGCAUGCGUCCUCGUGCCCGCUUCGAGGACACCAAGCUGGACGACGAGACGGGCGGCCGGAGGGAGGGAGAACUGGCCGGAGGUUCCGGCAGUCCGGCGGCCAGCGGAUCCGGCGGAUUCGGCGGUCAAGGACCCAAGAAGAAGCGCUCGGUAUUCAUGCCGGGCAAGAGCUUAGCCACUGCCACCAAACUGAUCAACCAGCAUUUGUUUGGCAUACAGAAUGUGGGCGCCAAAGCCAAGUUCGAGAGCAAGCAUUCCUCAUCGAUAGACUCGAUUGACGCCUCGCCCAAUCUGGAGCACCAUCGGCGCUCCAAGUCGAUCCUGAAAAACAAGUCUGAUAUCUCGCGCGUCCUGUCCGAUCCGGAGAGCGAGCGUCUCCUGGCGGACAACAUGUCCGGCUCCGGCGUCUCCGACAACGGCACCGUUAUGGGCGAAUCCGGCAGCGAUUACUCACCGAAUAAAUUACCUCAUUCAGUUUUAGCUAAGUCUAUAUCCCCACCACCCCUCAGGCACCGCACCCUAAUGCACCAGCGCUCAGGACCAGCGACCUUGCAAUCGAAGCCCACUAAGUUCCAGACCCCUCGCUAUCCCGAGGAGCAGGCACUGCGCCAGGUGAAGCCGCUGCUCUCGCGAGGAACUCCUUCCACAUCCGCAUCCGCAGGAUCGGCGGAUGGCCAGCAGACCAGGGACAGCAGUCUGGACUCGGAGACGACCUUCACAUCGCCAGUGAGCCAACGAGCUGGCGAGGAUCCCCCGACUGCUGCUCCGAGCCAAGCUGCAGUGCCUCCUGCCCAGGAGGAUCGUGAGGAGGAGGGCGAAGCCGAAGCCAACGACGAGCAGAGGGCUCUACUCCAAGGAGGCGACGCCGAGGAGGCGAAGAGGGCGGGGAACGAGGGCACGUAGCAAUUAGGGACCCACACACAAAACGACACCCAGAAAAUGUAAAAAAAAAAAAAGAGUACCUUUUCCAAAGGGAAAUCCUCACAACACACAACUCACACGCACACACACAGACACACAACUCACACAACUCACACACACACACAUACAAAGCAUACAAAGGGAAAACUCAAAGUGAUAGCAAAGUUAGCAAACAUGGAAUGUGAAUUAUAUAAAAGCAAUGAACAGUAUCCUAGUCUAGAGAUGGUGGGACGAUCCCUAGCAGAUCCCCGGAAUUCGAUCUGCGUAUUUUUACAACUAGAAAAGAAAAUGAAGCAACCCGAGCAACCCGAACUGCAACGUAAGUGUUUGGGAGCCGCGCAAGUCGUACAAAACAGCAAAAAAAAACGCAAAAAAUAAUAUUAUUAAUACCAAUACGAUAGGUGGAGUAACUAUAAACGUGAAGCUACCGUGUAUAUAGCAGAGCCCAAUCCACUCGUGUACAGAGCAACCUUUAUUUACCGCCUUCAAGACACAGCUAACCGAAAGUAUAUAGACGAAGUCACCAAAAAGCCUAAAUAGCAAACAAAUGAAACCGAAAUAUUCAUAUUUUGAAUGCCACUUAUAAGUAUAUACAAAUAUAGAAUAUACACGCAUCGCAAUUGCAGCUCGCAUAUUUACACAUUAUAUAUACAUACAAACUAAGCGAUAUACAUAUAUAAAAAUAUAGCUCCAACUAUUUUUCAAACCGCGCUCUAAAACCCCGCAGAUCGAUGGCUUGAGGGGAGUUACAGAAGUGGAGGGGGGAUGCUACACCCCAGCCCAUACCAUUAGAUCCGAAUUAGAUACGCAUGGCCAUCCAUAUACGAGUAUCUGUAUGUAAAUCGUUCGUUCAAAUUCAAAUUCAUAAUGUCAAAAGUAGUUGAAAAUCGUUGGUUCGUUUCUAUAUCUAUAAGUACUUGUGCGUGUGUGUAGGGCUUAGGGCUUAUCGAUAGAGCUUGGCUUGGCUUAGUCCCCUGAUAUAAUCUGAGUUGCCACACCUAUUAAGUAGAGAGAUUGAGGUUGGUUGGGAAAAUGCAAUAUUGCUUGAAUGUAGAUGUUGUUAUUUGUUAUGUGGGCAACCGAAUGCUUUUCUAGGGUAUGUGAGUAUAUAUAUCGCAACCCACGGAAUCGCAUUCUAACCACCCACAUACUGUUAGUUAGUUAUGAAGCGUGUGUGUGUGUUAUGUAUGUUAGUUAGUUGAGUUAGUUAGAUAGUUGACUUGAUGUUUAGUUCCCUAGUCCGUUCUCCGAAUACGUAAGCAAUAAAAUUGGAUAUCCUCGCCAAAGGGGGACUUUCCCCGUUCGAGGAGCGUGUUAGUCAAUUAUUGCAACCCAAGUUGUUUUUUUCCACAUUCCAUUCAGUGUAUGCGUGCGAGAGUGUUUCGGCUUUGGUGUUCUAUAUAUACCGAUUUGGCAGGUUUCCAUAUCCUCCAUGGGUUAUCCCGACCGAUCUGUCCAACUGGCUUGCGUUUGUCCUGUUUAGUUGCCUCUGCUCGGCCAGCGAUGAGCCAGGAUGCGAGUUAGCCUCUUAGAAACAUAUCAGUAAAGGGAAUACGAACUCACACACUCACUCACUCACUCACUCACACAUCCACACGUAACACCUCACACAGAUACACACGCCCACACCCAAAAGCCACAAACGAACAAACACCAAACACCCCACACUGUAAGAAAACUACACAAAUUUUAUUACGAGACGAUAAUAAAAUGUCUCAACGUCCGCUUUUCGAAUUGAUAAGAACACAAGCAUUGACACAAAAGAACUAAGCAAAAAACAAAAAAGAGAAAACCAAUGCAAGAAAUCCUUAUUCGAUAACUAAUGUUAAAGCCAAGAACUCGAGGUAAUAUAGUUAAACAUUUUUAGAAAUAUGUGUACGUAUUAACAAAUGCUUGAGGCAUCCAAAAAUUUUGUAAGCAAUUCAUUUAGGAUUAUCUACACGGUUUUUUGGUGAGCACCGGCCACAUUCCGCCACUGCAUAAUAUUAAUUGUAACUUUUGUAAAUAUUUAUUUCAUAUACAAGACCCUAAAAUCAAAGUUUCUGUUAUUCUUUUGUUUUUUGUUAAUAUUUUGUAAACCAUUUACGCCAGCAGCAAACGAAUUGAACUUGAAUUCAAACUAACGAGAUAUACUAAGUAAAUGAUGAGGCAGAGGCAGAGCAAAUACACGUGCAAAAGCAACAUGUUAUUAAUAUUUAAAUUAUUUACCUAACGAUACAUACAUUUUAAUGUGUAGUCUGAUGGCGACGACGAUUGUAAAUCAGCUAAAUUGAAUAACGGAAAUCGUUGACAAGCAUACAAAUUUAUUAAAGCGUAUUUAAAUCUAUAUGAGCGAAAAGUCAUGAAAAUAUAUAAAUCAUUGAGUAACA